CGGGGCGUGGGGGAGCAUAUGGCUAAAGUGACGAGCACGGGGGAUGCAAGAGAUGACGAGUCUGUGCCUCAGGACGUGGAGAUGGAGGAGGUGAAUGAGGUGGAUCCAUGCAAGUCCAUGACUAGUCAGGAGUCUGUGAUUCAGAAAAGUGGAGCGUGGGUGUCUGAGACCCAGGAGAGAGGAGGCCACGGGGCUGUGACACAGGAAGAAGAAAUGCAGACGUCAGAGACACAGGACGCUCGAUCUCAAGUUGGUGGAGCAUUGGAAAUUGGUGCGGAGGAGACCACAGCACCAGAGGCUGGAGCUCAGCAAGUUCUGAUACAGGAGGUUGGAGCUCUGAAGACUGUCACGCAGGAGGCUGGAGCUCAGAAGACCGACACCCAGGAGGCUGGAGCUCAGAAGACCGACACUCAGGAGGCUGGAGCCCAGAAGACCGUCACGCAGGAGGCUGGAGCUCAGAAGACCCUCACGCAGGAGGCUGGAGCUCAGAAGACCGAUACGCAGGAGGCUGGAGCUCAGAAGACCGUCACGCAGGAGGCUGGAGCUCAGAAGACCGUCACGCAGGAGGCUGGAGCUCAGAAGACCGUCACGCAGGAGGCUGGAGCUCAGAAGACCGACACUCAGGAGGCUGGAGCUCAGAAGACCGACACGCAGGAGGCUGGAGCUCAGAAGACCGUCACGCAGGAGGCUGGAGCUCAGAAGACCGACACCCAGGAGGCUGGAGCUCAGAAGACCGACACGCAGGAGGCUGGAGCUCAGAAGACCGUCACGCAGGAGGCUGGAGCUCAGAAGACCGACACCCAGGAGGCUGGAGCUCAGAAGACCUUCACGCAGGAGGCUGGAGCUCAGAAGACUGUCACACAGGAGGCUGGAGCUCAGAAGACCGACACUCAGGAGGCUGGAGCUCAGAAGACCGACACCCAGGAGGCUGGAGCUCAGAAGACCGUCACGCAGGAGGCUGGAGCUCAGAAGACCGACACCCAGGAGGCUGGAGCUCAGAAGACCGACACUCAGGAGGCUGGAGCUCAGAAGACCGUCACGCAGGAGGCUGGAGCUCAGAAGACCGUCACGCAGGAGGCUGGAGCUCAAGAGACUGGGACCCGUCCGACCAAACGGCGGCGGUUGGGGUCUGGUGACAGCUCCCGGAGCAGCGACACCAUCCAGGACGUGAGCUCGGUGUGCAGUGGAGCAUUUUUCCUGGCCGAGAUGCUCGUGGAGUACAAGUGGCCUUCGGACGACGGGGGCGAGUACUACAUGCUCCAGGAGCAGAUCAGCGAGUAUCUUGGGGUCACCUCCUUCAAGCGCAAAUACCCAGACCUGGAGCGGCACGACCUGUCACACAAGGAGAAGCUCCACCUGCGCGAGCUCAACGUCAUCACGGAGACACAGUGCACGCUGGGGCUGACGGCGCUGCGCAGCGACGAGGUCAUCGACCUACUGAUGAAGGAGUACCCCACCAAGUACGCCGAGUACGUGACCGUGCUACAGGACCGCGAGCGGCAGAGGAUCACCGACCGCUACAAGGAGUACUCGCAACAGCAGAGCAACCAGAAGGUGGAGCCGGGCAAGGCCCCCGAAUACAUGAAGAAGGCCGUGCGCAAGGCGGCCGAGUACAACCUCAACCUGAACCGCGAGCGCCUGGAGGAGCGGCGCGCCUACUUCGACCUGCAAACGCACACAAUCCAGUUCCCGUAUGGCAAGUACAAGGCCAUCGCGCCCGACAAGACCAAGGUCGGGUCCUACCCUGUUGCCCUCAUUCCGGGCCAGUUCCAGGAGUACUACAAGAGGUACUCGGCGAGCGAACUGCGCUACCUCCCGGUGAACACGGCACUCUACGCGCCGCCGCUCGACCCUGAGCUGCCGGCGCCCGACAGCGACGGCGCCGACUCGGACGACGACGGAGACGGAGACACGCAGGGGCGACGCGGGGACGACUCGACCUCCGACAGCGGCACGAGCAGCAGCUCGGAUGGCGAGAGCCCCAGCGAUGCUGCCGAGGAGCCGGCGCCCCCCCCGCGCCCAGGGCCCGGCCGCCCCCCCAAGGACCCGGCGGCGGCAGCGGCGCGCCUGGCGCAGCACAAGGCGGUGCCCGGGUACAAGCCCAAAGUGGUGUACAACGCCCUGUGCGGCAUCUGCCUGAAGGGGCGCGAGAACAACCGCAAAGGCAAGGCCGAGUCGCUGGUGCAUUGCUCGCAGUGUGAGAACAGCGGCCACCCAUCGUGCCUGGACAUGAGCAACGAGCUGGUGGCCGUCAUCAAGACGUACCCGUGGCAGUGCAUGGAGUGCAAGACGUGCGUGGUGUGCGGACAGCCGCACCACGAGGAGCAGCUCAUGUUCUGCGACAAGUGCGACCGCGGGUACCACACGUUCUGCGUGGGGCUCGACCACAUCCCCAUGGGUCGCUGGAACUGCGCGACGUGCGAGGCGAAACCCGUCAACCCCAAGAAGACGGCAAAGCGCGGCAAGAACGGCAAGGACAGCUGAGUGGCGCAGAAGAAGAGAGAGAGAUCCGCCGUUCCCCUACCCUCCUCGCUCCCCUCGACUACCCCUCCCCAUCCCGCCCACUCUGCAACCUCCUCCUCGUGCCCGGCAAUGCCGCCCCGGGAGACGUAAUCAGGUGGUGAUGUGCGUAACCUCAGGGAGCCGAGCGGUGAACCGCGAGACUUUAGGGCAACUCUGUGAACCGCCGCUCGUGUCGGUCGCACCGAUCCUUAGAAAUCAAGGUUGUGGCCCAGAACUUUCUCCGGUUCCGUUAGUGCCAGCACCACGACCACCGCCGCCACUACCACCCACACCCCCUCCCCUAGAUGCUGGCGAUGACGAGGGUGUCCCGAGCGAUCCUUGUGUACAGGUCGCGAGCUGCCGGAUAACGUGGCUCUGGCGUUUGUGACUUUUGUACCAAAAAUGAGCCGAUGGUGCUAUGGACGUCUUGAAUUCAGGGAUCCCGAUCUCCUGUUUUGGUUUUCUAAUAAAGGUUUGAACCCAAGUUUUGGAUUUUUUCACG